ACCCGAGUAGCAGCAUCGCUAGACGGUCUCCGUUACAAUGGGCUCCAAGGGCAAGUACCGUGGCAUGGCCCUCCUGUUCCUGGCGGCCUUUCUCCUGUCGAGUGUAUAUGCAGAGGAAGUAGAAGAAGAAGAAUGUGAUAUUCACGCGUAUUUUGACGAGGGGGCAAUGACUCUGGACACUUGGAAGAUCGUCCUCGGUACCAUAUUCUUUGUGAUCGUGCUGCCCUUCAUUUUCUUCGAAAUACGUUUUUUCCCUGUCGAAACCACAGCUGCCGUGCUAAUUGGCUCCUUCCUGAUGGUGGCCUUCACCAUUAUUUCUCAACCUGUCACGUACGAGAUACUUGGCGAGGUAGAAAACCUAAGAACCAUAUUCCUUUUGAUGGGGAUGAUGUUGAUGGCGCAGUACUUCGAACGCGAGCUCCUGAUUAACAAGGUCCUGAACGCGUUCCUGAAAGACAACACGACCAUGUUUGGUUAUCUAUGGAGAGUAGGACUGUUGAGUUUUAUCCUGUCAGCGCUCUUCACGAAUGAUGCCGUCUGCUUAAUUGUCACCCCCCUAGUUCUCAAACACUGGGCCAGACAAAAUCGGCAGACCAAUGAACUGGAGACCGUCUUGCUGUGUAUUGCUACAAAUGCUAAUAUCGGUAGUUCCAUGACUAUCUUCGGUAAUCCUCAGAUGGCUCUCAUUGCCUCUGUCACCGAUUCUCACCCUUACAGCCGCCUCGACCUCCUAACGUGCUUUACGUACAUUGUACUUCCAGCCGUAAUAGGAUAUUUUCUUAAUCUUUUCUUUCUGCUCAUGCACUAUAACUACGGCUGCAUGACCAAGCCUGCCUCACCUCCUCUCCUAGGCUACGACCCUGAAGAGAUGAACAUGGAUGCUGUGGGAGAUGAAAAGACCCAGUCCGUGGAAAACUCGGGAACAUCAGCCAAUUCCAUGCGCCUAGGUGCCGACCGUAACGCUACAAAAACCACUGAGCGUUCGCAAAAUGCAGGCGAUAAGUCAACCGGUGGCUGCGUCGUUAAUGAAAAUGGCACCCUGAUUACCAGCGUGACAGUGGUUGAAGAGAACAAAUACAAUCCGGAGGAAUAUGGACCCACCGAAAACAAGAAAUUCCACAUCUGCAUGUGUUUAAUCAUGACUCUUGUAGUUGCCCUCUUCAUAGCAUCCACCAAAGAAGUUCCAUUUGAUAUUGGUUUGGUCCCAAUGGCUGGUGCAGUAAUGAUGAUGAUCGCCGAUGGCCUCAUGAACAAGAGGAACUCCUUGCAGAUCAUAAAACGCAUCGACUGGGACGUCCUACUCCUGUUCUUCGGCUUCUUCGUCUGGCUCGGCGCCUUUAACUACACCGGUGUCCCACGUUGGUUUUGGACAAAACUAGGGCUAGACCAUAACGACAUGGUAACAUUCGAGGAGAUAGCUCUCAUGGUGAGCUUUGUCAUCAUAGGUUCCAACCUUUUCAGUAAUGUACCCCUCUGCAUUCUGGUUCUUGCACAGCUAAACCCCUGUAAGAAUCAACUGGGAAUGGUUCUGUAUCUCGCUUGGGUGUCUACUGUGGCAGGCAACUUAACCUUAUUUGGAAGUGUUGCCAACUUGAUAGUUGCUCAAAAGUCUUUGCAAACGCUCAAGUUUAGACUGACUUUCUGGGCGUACUUGAAAUACGGGUUUGUUACAACUAUGAUUAUUUGCUUAUUAGGAGUAGGUAUAAUAUACGGGUUGUUACUGAUUUAAACGAGAACUUCGUCAUAACUUCUAUUCAUUUUAUGGCUUCGGUAGUUUGUAAAUAUAUAUACAUUUGGUGUUUACAUAAAUGGGUUACCUGAUAGAUAGAUAAAUAAAUGAUUGUAUAUGUGUUGUUGCUGUCCAGUUCUUCAUCUUUCGUUCUGGGGAUUGCCAAUAUGCCUGGGUUUGAAUCUCAUCUGUGACAUAAAUAAAGCAAUCUAUUAUUAAACUGUUAAAUUGAUGGUUCUUUUUCGCAAACAUGCACCUGUUCACUGCGACACAAACACACAUGUAUAUUAGGUAUUAAGAUUGGUGAACACUGUUUAGAAUGCCAGAGAAUGGACUGUGUUGAAACUAGCUGCGACAUGGAGAAUAGAUUUAACGGGAUCGAGUAAUAUUUACAAAGAUACUGUACAGAGAUUUAUUUUACACGGUAUAUUGUGUCAAGUGUGAGUGCAGAUAUUUUCUCGGAUGUCUUGGAUCAAGUAGGUGUUAAUCAACGGCUUUGUUUUUAAUGGCGAUGUUACGCCUUGCUAAACUAGAAGUAUAGAAGUUUGCGUAGACGCUGUAGUUGAUUCGUUUUUUCCCAGAUACUAUGUAAUCCAUAGGAGAUGAUUAUUUCCUGUGCAAAGGAAAAAAAGACUGCUUGCUGCCUGAGUAUCACUAUAUUUUUUUAAAGUGAAAUGGUUUGUAAACUAAUGGUUUGUUGAAUUUUGAUUCACAAGUCAUUGUAUUUAUUAUUGGCCCAUUGUUCCUAAAUGACAUUACUUUCUUAAAGCAGGCCAAAUAAAUUGACCAGCACCAUUAUGCAAGGGGCCUGUUUUGUUUCGAUAUUCUUUAAAAAUGUGUAAAAACAUGACAUUUCACACGAGAAGCUUAUUUCUUCUAAUUACUUGUGCUGUUUUUCCUUUCUAUUAUGAAAUACUUGUACUGUUUUCUUUUUUUUCUAUUAUGCAGAAACCAAAAUUGCUCGAAAACUAUUAAAAAUUACCUAGAGUAAUGAAUACCUUACACUUUUUUGCUGGUGAUUGUCAUUGUAUUGGAAUUUUCAUUCCAGCGAUUUCCCUUCACGUCCUUGUAAA